AGUUGUUCUUUUCCCAUGAGAUCUCUUUAGUUGUCUUAUUGUGAAGUUUAAGGAUGUCUGUGGUUCAUGCUGAAGUAAGCUUCUGGUGCAAGGAAAGGGAUCACAGGUUUUACAUGUACGGAGGACAAGUGUGUAACACACUAAUGGCUGGCUGCUGGGAUGACAGAACACCUCUACAUGAUGCUGCACUGCAAGGAAGAUUGCUGCCACUGAGAAGACUCCUUUCACAGAGGUAUUGCGUGGGCAUGUCUACACUGGAUGGAAUCACUCCACUGCAUGAAGCAUGUGUUGGAGGCCAUUUUACCUGUGCUAAACUUCUGCUUGAGCACGGGGCUGAUGCAAAUGCUGUCUCUGUUGAUGGAGUCACUCCUCUCUUUAGUGCAUGCUGUAGUGGAAAUCCUGCCCUCGUAAGCCUCAUUUUGAUGUACAAAUCCGCCCACCAUCCAGCUCAUGUGCUAAAUUCACCUCUUCAUGAAGCAGCUAAGAGAGGUCACACAGCAUGCGUUGAACUGCUACUGUCACAUGGUGUGAAAGUUGACAUGGAGGUGCCCAGUAUAGGAACAGCGCUGUACUGUGCAUGUGAAGCCAAGAGCACAGACUGUGUACAGAGAUUGCUGAUGUCAGGUGCUGAUGUGCAAUGUGGGCAUGGUCUUGACACACCUUUACAUGCUGCAACCAGAGUGGGUGGGGCAAGGGAGGUGGAGCUACUGUUAGAGCAUGGGGCUGAUAGGACAUCAAGAAACUCUGAGGGAAAGAAACCUCUGGAUUUGACUACUGAUCCGGACAUUAAACAUCUCCUGCAGACCUCAGGUCCUUGCUCGCUAUCUCAGAUGUGCAGAUGGCGUAUUCGCCGUUCCCUAGGACAAAAAAGGCUAAACAAAACCAGGAUGCUUUGCUUACCACAUACUCUACACAAUUAUCUUCUCUAUCAUUAAAACACAGACAACUCUGUCUUGUGUCAUAACACAAUAAUUUUGUGUGCCUAUAAAAUUCACUUUGUUUUUAUCUGUAAAUAACCUUUGUAAAAGUGUAGCCCAAAACAUUUGUUUUGUAAUAAAUAUUUGCAUACAUUCAAAGGCUAUUGUUUAUUUGUUAAAGUUUAUAGAUGACUUUGUACACACACAAACACACACACAUAUGCUGUAUUCUCACACACAUUGUGCAUAAUGAAAUAGAUCAUUAAAUUAACCCUAGAAU